AUGUAUGACGACAACAUGCAAGACGAUAUGCUCCUACCGCACUCGCCCGCUUCCCAAGCGGCAGCCGCUUGGAUGACGUCCACCAACUUCUCUCACUCCCACUCUCACUCUCACGCUGGCCCCUUGUCUCCCGUCAGUACCGGCAUGGACAUUGCAAACAUGGAUCCAUCCUGCGCUCCGACAAUGGUACACUCCGCAUCCUCGUCUUGCACUGACUCCUGGAGCACCGGCCACGCCGAGACCUGUGACGGGGACGACGCUGACAACGACAUUGUGUGGGAACAGGACUCGGAUGACAUCCUCACCGUACCCAAACUCGAGCCCACGGACGACGAUUUCAAUCUCGACGAUCUGAAGGAGGCACCCUUAACGCCAGCACAAGCAUCUCUGAUCGCAUCCGCAACCCAGCCGAAACAGAAACGCCCCCGUGGACGGCCUCGCAAACACCCCGUGGCGCCCAUCAUUAACCCGAGCAAGGUCACCAAGGGCCGUUCUAAAACAGGGUGUAUCACCUGCCGAAGACGAAAGAAGAAGUGCGACGAGGCGAAGCCGAGAUGUAUGAACUGCGAGAAGAACGCCGUCGUGUGCGAGGGUUAUCAGGAGAAGAAACUCUGGAGAAGCGGAAAAGAAAAGGCGACGACCGAUCACACCGUAGACGAGGAGUCCCUUGUCUUUACCAUGCAACCACUGUUCAACGGCGUCGACACGGUCGAGGACAAAAUCUUUUGGCGGCAUUACGGGGUACAUCUUAGCAAUGUCCUCACCGUCGAAGGGGAGGCCAGGAACGCCUUCAAAGACAUUAUCCUGCCUUUGGCAAACCUCCACCAGGGCGUCAUGCACUCCAUUCUCGCCAUGAGCAGUAAACAUAUCGACUUUGACACGCCGUAUGGCGCAAAACUCCUGGAGAAGAACCCGACGACCAACCGCGAGGCCCUGCAGGAAAGGUCGGCGUAUCACGAAGAGCAAGCAAUGAAGACGCUGUACGCCGACAUGAACCGCACCGAGGAGGACGAUGGGGUCGACAAGACGACGAUCCUUUCCGCGCGUUACGCCCAGAUCCUCUGCCUAGUCGUCACCACACUGAUCGAGGGCGAACCGCACGGCGCUCACCGAGUCCACCUCGGUGGCUACAAGCGACUUAUCCAGGAGUCGCCCCCCGAGGAUCCCAUCUUCUUGGCCUUCAUCGCCGAGUUCUUCCAGUAUCACAUCUACGCAGAUGAGCUCUUGUGGCACCCCACAAGUAAUUACCCGCGCCUGGCCUCGGCAGACUGGACCUCUCUGGUUCCCCUCGAUUCACCCAGGCUCAUAGGCGUCGCCGACGGCCUGUUCCAGUAUCUUUGCCACAUUACAACGAUCCGGAAUACGAUCAGGGAGAACAUCUACAAGGGCUCCGAAACCGUGGUAACGUAUCACAUCCUGUAUCAGGCACAGGAGAUCCAGGAGGCCAUCGAGCAAUGGAUGCCGACCUGGCCGCCGGGCGAUAGCCGGCACCGGGUAGGCCUGGUCUACAAGCACAUGAUGUUCCUUCAUCUAUUCCGUACUAUUUACCCACCCACGUCCCCCCAGAGACGCCCGUCGGUCUUCUCGGUGGCGACCUCUAUAGCGACCUCCAUUUCGUCAUCUUCGUCCCGCCGCCAUUCGCAAAUCUCUCGACCUUCUACCGCUACGAGCUGCGCCUCGUCUCCCGGCCUCCGCCCCACCACGGCGGGCGGUUUCCCGUCGUCGAUGCAGCUCAAGCGCGAGCCUAGUUCUAGGGGCCCGUCGAGGACGAGCUCGAUGCAUGAGUCCGACGCCGGGUCCUCCAGCUGCGCCGUCAUUGACGAACAACGGCCGGCGUCUCCACCCCCGAUCCGCCGUCCUCUGCAGCACGACAACCGCAUCACGUCUACGGUCGAGGAGUCUCUGGCCAUCAUGGAGGGCUUCAAGCCAUCCGAUCCCGCGCUGACGCUCCUGUUGAUGCCAAGCGUGGUCAUCGGCACCACGUGCUUUGACCCGGCGCAGCAGGAGCGGCUCCGCGCCAUCAUCCGGUCGGUCCGGGGCUACACUGGUCUCCGCAACUGCGACCGGGCACUUGAGGUGCUCGAAGAGGUCUGGUACCUGAUGGAUGUAGGCGAUUGGCUAUCCGUUUGGGACUGGCAAAGCGUGGCCAGGAGACUCGGCCUUGACUUUCUGUGCACGUGA